CAAGGUUUCUUCCACAAGCAAAAUGGCGGCUACAUCUAAGAAGCCAUGGCGGAAUUUCAGGAGAAAGGUUGCCGACGAAAGCGACCCCGAAGACAAUCAAAAUGAACAACAAGAUGAUGACAUGGUCAUGGAGAUAGAAGAAGAGAAGAAUGCUUUCGAAACAAUCGAGAAACCAGUAAAAAAGAAAAAGAAGAAGAAAGACAAAAAAGAGUCCUCGAAACUUCUCAGUUUUGAAGACGACCAUGACUUCGACGAUGGGGAUGUUUUCAAAAUCAAGAAAUCCAGUCAAAGCAAAAGAUUAGCCAAACAGCUGAAGAAAGAAAGGUUGAAAGAGAAAGAAGAAAUAUUGAAAGCUAAGGAAGAAAACUCCAGCUCAAAGGAUCGACCACAGAAACGGUCUGAGGAAGAGACUGAUGAAAAAAUCAGGAGACUGAGAGAGGAAUUUAUGACAUUAAAUGGUGAUGAUGCGGCAGCUUUGGAUAUAGACAGUGAAGAAGAGGAUAAAGGCACUUUACAUAAAUUGUUGGGAAAGGGUGAAAUACCAGAUGCCAACCUGAUCCACAACAUUAGGAAAAAGCGACAGCAGGCUAGAGACAUGGGAGAUUUUGUACCGUUGGAUAAUGCGGCUAAGCCUGAGAAUUCCUCCUCUAGACUUGUUAGAGAGGAUGACAAUGAUAAAAGUGAAGAUGAAGAGGAAGGCAGAAUGGAUUUCUCUGUAAAUGUAGAGGCUCUGGAACGACAACGUAUCAAGGACCAGUUCUUGGCUGCAGAGCAUGGAAGUGACGAGGAGAGUGACCAGGAGCGGGAGUGGGAGGCACAACAGAUCAAAAAAGGAGUCACAGUUGGACAGCCAGUGGAGUCGAAAACUGAGGACCAGAUGUCGGACGAUGGUACAGGGCAGAGUAACGGCUAUACAUACCAGUCUACCAGCAGUACCACAUUCAAACCUUUCACCGCCAUGUCAAAGACGGAAAACCUGGCCGAUAUAAACAUGGAUGUCAUUAGAAAGCGACUCCAAGAAAGACUUGACUCUAUGGAGGAAGUCAGCCGGCGUCACACACAGGAACGGGAUACACUCGUCACCGACAUCGAUGAUGCUGAUCAAAAUACUGUCACAUGCGAAGGCAGUGUCGAUACGCUGGAGAAGCGAUAUUGCUUCUUCCAAGAAAUGAGGGGGUAUGUGCGAGACUUGGUUGAAUGUCUCAAUGAAAAGGUUCCUAUCAUCAACGACCUGGAGGCGAGGAUGUUGAAUAUGCUGCGGCGUCGAUCGGAGCAGUUGGUAUCCCGGCGACAGCAGGAUGUGCGCGAUCAGUGUCAGGAUUAUAUGACAAGUAAAGCCAAGAUUGUGAUGGAGUCUUCUGAAGGACAAGCCAAACAGAUGAGAACAGCAGAGCGUGAGGCCAGAAGGUCGAGACGAAGGAGGAAGCGAGAAGUAAAGAACAUACGAGGUCAUCAUGAGGGACUAUCGUCUGAUGAUGAGGAAAAUCAAUCUGAAAUUACCAAAUUCAAUUCAGAAAAAGAUGUUAUUGAUACAGGGGUGGAGAGAUUGUUUGAAGAUGUAGAAAACGAUUUUAAGGAAGUGUCUUGUGUGCGAGAACGAUUUGAAUCGUGGAAACAGGAAUAUGGGGAGACUUACUCGGACGCCUACAUCGGACUCUGUUUGCCUAAGCUCUUCAAUCCAUUUGUGCGACUUCAAUUAAUUCAAUGGAAUCCACUUGAAGCACACGGUCAGGACUUUGAAGAUACCCAAUGGUUUGAGACCUUGGUCUUCUAUGGCUGUCAGCCAGAGGCGUCAGAGCUGGAAACGAACAAUGAUGAUAUCAAACUUUUACCCACCAUCACAGAAAAAAUAAUAAUUCCACGAAUAACUGUGUUAGCAGAGACGGUAUGGGACCCUCUAUCUACCACCCAGACCUCGCGCCUCGUCAACACAAUCCAGCGUAUCAUCAGAGAUUACCCGUGUGCUCACAGUUCAAACAGAUCCAUGCAGAAUUUACUACAUGCUGUUGUGAAACGCCUACAGAAAACCUUAGAUGAUGAUGUCUUCAUGCCUCUCUAUCCAAAGUCGGCGAUAGAGAAUCGAUCAUCAGGGGCCGCAGUAUUCUUCCAUCGACAGUCCUGGACUUGCAUUAAGUUACUAGGCAGUAUAAUGAGUUGGCAUGGUAUUAUAUCGACCAGUAUUCUACAGAACCUCGCUCUAGACGGCCUCCUUAAUCGUUAUAUUAUCCUGGGACUCUGUAACUCUGUUCUCAACCAAGAAACUAUACAGAAAUGUCACUCGAUUGUCUCUACAUUCCCGAAGGAGUGGUUUGCGGGGCUGAACGAGGAGAAGACACUACCCCAGCUGGAGAAUCUCUGUAAAUACAUGGUGUCUGCUGCUAGGAGCAUGGAAAGAGAACUAGCUAUGGCUAAAGACAUGGACAAGAAGGAACACAGAGACAUGAUCAAACAGAUCAACAAAAUGCUUGUGAAUGUUCAUGCACUGGACCACGCUCUGAGCCUUCAAAUCUGAUCGGGUACUCGUUAUGGAGGGUCACACUGGACCAAGCUCCAAGCCUUCAAAUCUUACAGGGACUCGUAAUAGAAGGGGUCACACUUGACCACACUCUUGAGCCUUAAAAUCUGACAGGGACUCGUAAUAGAAGGGGUCACACUUGACCACACUCUUGAGCCUUAAAAUCUGACAGGGACUCGUAAUAGAAGGGGUCACACUUGACCACACUCUUGAGCCUUAAAAUCUGACGGGGACUGGUAAAGGAAGAAGUCACACCUGACCACAGUCCGAACCUUUAAAUCUGACGGGGACUCAUAAUGGAAGGAGUCGUACUAGAGGCAGCAUGUGUGUUCAUGGAUUUGUCUUUUUUCCACUGAAUAGUAUAUUGUGUUCACCGAACUGUGGUGCAUUUUCAUUGAACCGUGACAUGUUCAUAUAAAGAAAUCCGUUGGAACAUUGAUACAUCUAGUAAUUCUUGACUCCACCCGGUGUGUGAAUUACCUUUGUGUGUUAGAUAGAGCAAGCCUUGUAAAAGAUGCCCACUGGGCCUGUAAGUGAUGUGUGCUAGAGUAUGCCCGUAAACAUAGUGAGGAGGUGUCCACACCACAAAGUGUAUUGCGAUUUUGUGAAGAAAGAUGAACACUCAACACUCAGGUGUUGUACUGGUUCAUCUCAUUAACGAUGCUCUUUGAGCCCAAAAGGGAUGGACAGAGUACUGAACUGUUGAAGGACAUUUUCCUAGCACAAAGUGAUAUGCCAAAGAACACUUGUAAUGAAUAUUGUUCUAUACAAAAACUCAAAUAGUGACAAAAUAGAGUACCUAUCUGUUAAGAAUACUCUCUCUUGAAAUUGACCUGCUAGUGCACUACGCUCUCAGAUCUCCAAGUGGUAUCCCGGAGUAUGUAUCUCUUUGCAGCAUCCCUCUACAUAAUUAAUUGAUUUUACAUGUUUGUGACAGUUCCUACAUUACAAUGUAAUGUAUUAGGGUUUAUCUUGUGAAGGAUACUCUAGAUCGGGACCCCAUAAUCCAGCAUAUCUUGAGGACAUUCCCUCUACGCCACGAGAGCACAUGCAAGUUAGAACAAAUCCCCUUAUAUAGGAUGGACAUGCGUGUCCAAAAAAUUGUUUGGUGCUAGAGACACAUCUCCCAUAAAUUAUCCAUACCGUUAUGUGUUGUACGUUUCUUGUGUUUCUAGAAAAAUGCUUUAAGAAACUUAAAAGUUGCAUUUUGAUUGGAUCUCAAGGAUAGUCUGUUCAAACCAACACAUGCCUAAAAGACCUCUCUUCAUACAAAACUGAUAUACUUGUAUAAUUGUAUCUGGAGGAUAGUGUUGCACAUUGAAUUGUUCAUUGUGUGCUAGAAUGUAUCUUGAAGAUGCUCUUCACACAAAAAUGUAUUGCAAUGAAUUAUAAAUUACACAGGGCAUAUUAUAGGCAUAGUUUUAGCCCACUGUCUCGUUACCAUUUGGUUUUCGUCUAAAUCCCUGUAAAACCUCUGGUGGUAACUUUACUGUGUAUACAAUAUAAUUGUUAAAAGUUGUUUUCAUCUCCAUUUCACUGUUAUAGUAUACGUACUUGUCAUGAUUUGUAAUAGACUCCAGGAAUCGUCAUUUUGUAGAUAAUGUGUUACAAAUUCUGAUGGCACUUUGUGAUAGUAAAACAAUACAUGUAAUGUAUUAAGUAAGUAAUACAUGUAAUGUAUUAAGUAAAUAUAGAUAUACAUCAUUUACAGUGUAUCUUAACAAUAUGUUUCAAGAUGCAUUCUGGAAUGUCAUCAAUUUAGAAAAAAAUCUAUUAAAGAAUAAUAUGACUACA